AUGCAGGUUAGUUUCUUAGACGCAAAUGUGGAUCCACUUUCAAGGGGUCGCAUACGAUGUCUCGGAAAAGUGAACUGCAGAUUCACCGUGAAUGCCAAAGAAGACAGCUUCUCUAUGGCCCGCGAAAAGAUGGCCCAGUUAGGAGAUGAGUCUCGGCGUUCUCAAACAAAAGAGAUUAAUUCCUAUAAGAAGCAUCCGAGAAGGUUUGGCACUUACGCUACCGAUUUCAAGAAGCGUGUUGAUCCUCAAGGAGUAUCUGGACAAUCGGAUACUCGGUCUUCAUCCUUCAUCGAUUCGACCAACUCCCGUGCUGUAGAUUUUCCCGUCAAUCGCUAUUCAGGUUCCAGUUCUACCCUUGGCCCUAGCUCUUUAGCUGCGUCCCCAGCGGUAUGCAGCCGUUCCCUGAGAGAGCGUGUCAUUCAUUUGUUAGCAUUGAGACCCUACCAGCGACCGGAAUUGCUGCUUCGGCUUAAACGGGACGGGCUUACGCAGACUCAGAAGAAUCAGCUCGACGAUGUUCUGUCUGAUGUUGGACAACAAGGCCGUCGGUUGGCUUAUCAUUUAACUCCCAAUGUCUUUUGUGAGUUAGAUCCAUAUUGGCCCGGCUAUUCAGCUGGAGAGCGGAAACGCAUCCUGGCGCUCAAGGUAAAUGUCAUCCCUACUUGUUUCCGUGCUCAUUUCGCUAUAAGUUGUUUUUAA